AUUUAGUUAAGUGCCUCUGCAGCUGCAGCUCCUGAGCGCACCAAUACCGAAUUCAAACUGUGAAUCUGCAAGAGUGACUAAGGACUUAUUUGGAACUCUGCUAAAGAGAGAGAAACAAGAAAAGAAAGCUGUGAGGGGACAUACGGGGACUCAUUGUGUUCCUGAGAGAGCAGAAAAGGUAAAAUGAGUCUAAACAAUGGUCAAACUCUGACUGUCAGUGGACAGGACAUGACCAAAAAUGGCAGCAGCAACCGAGCCCCCUGGGACGAUGCCAGGACAGGGUUGAAGCCCUCCACCCCAACCAGAAAACCUAAACCACCCAAGCCAGAAAAUGCCAUAACCAUUGUCGUUUCAUCACGAGUCCUCUUCAACAUGGAGAAGGAGCAGCAGAUCUACAAGCAGCAUGGCAUGGAAGAAUACAUCAAAUAUCAGGUGGAACAUGAAACUGAGCCUUUCAGCCCUGGACCUGCCUUCUCCUUCAUCAAGGCUCUGGAAGCUGUGAACACUCGAUUGAGGGAGCUUUACCCCGAGAGUGAAGAGCUGUUUGAUGUUGUGCUCAUGACCAACAACCACGCCUAUGUCGGCCUAAGACUCAUCAAUACCAUCAAUCAUCACCCAGAGCUGUUCAUUGAACGUUUCUGUAUGACUGGGGGAAACAGUCCCAUUGGGUACUUGAAGGCCUACCACACUAAUCUUUACCUCUCUGCUGACCCAGUCAAGGUUCGAGAAGCUCUGGAGGAAGGUAUAGCAGCAGCCAUCAUGUUUACUCCAGAAAAGAUGAAGGAAGUGUCGGAGACUCAGCUACGUGUGGCCUUCGAUGGUGACGCAGUCCUCUUCUCUGAUGAGUCUGAACGCAUUUACAAGGCUCAUGGACUGGACAAGUUCUUUGAGCAUGAGAAGACCCAUGAGAACAAGCCGUUGGACCAUGGGCCAUUAAAGGGCUUCUUGGAGGUGUUAGGAAAGCUGCAGAAGAAGUUUUAUGACAAAGGCCAGCGCAUGGACUGCCCCAUCCGGACCUACCUGGUGACGGCUCGCAGUGCAGCCAGUUCUGGUGCCAGAGCCCUAAAAACUCUGCGCUCAUGGGGUCUGGAGAUUGAUGAGGCUCUCUUUCUGGCAGGGGCGUCCAAGGGCCCUAUGCUGGAGAAGAUCAGGCCACACAUUUUCUUUGAUGACCAGAUGUUUCAUGUGGAAGGGGCAGCAGAAAUGGGGACAGUGGCAUGCCACGUGCCCUAUGGCGAAGCUCAGAGAGUUACCAAGAAAGCAAUCAAGGACAAAGAGAUUUCUUCAGCACCCAAGUAGCUGAGACAUCAUGUUGCAGAAGAUCAGGAGACUAAAGACACAUUUUAUUUUGGAAUUCAGCAGCUGAGGAUGUCAUGACUGCUGGGACAUGUAGUAAAACCCUGAGUAAAGAUCCUGAAAAUCGGUUGAAAAACUUAUAUAAGUCACUGGAUUCAAUAUGAAUAGUAUAUAAUAUACUAAUAUGAAGUCAUAACAUUAAUCAGUUAAUAAAGAUUUUAUAACAUUUUGGUCCAGUCACUGAUCUAUUUCAUCCACUGGAUUUUACAUUAUCACAAAAAGUAUAACUUUCUAAUGAGGAUCCCUUUAUAAACAGUUGUAACUAAUGGCUUUAUUAAUCAUCAGUAAAUAAAUUUGAAACUUCACAGAUCAGUUAGAGGCCAGUAAUUGAUGAUAAAAAAAUCCUUUGACCUGUACGACCUUAUGGAAAAAUGCUGCAUAGGAUGAAGGCCAUCAUCCAUAUUAUGGCUUUAUAGCUGGACUAAAAAAAGAGGAUGGACACAUUAUUCAUAUCAGAUGACCCUAAAUUUGUUUUACUGAUGGCUUAUAAUGGCAUAUAAUUACUCUGGUAAAUUAAUUAAUUAUGCCAUUAGUUACACAUUACAAAUCUUUUCUAAAUAUUGCCUUAUUAUAAGGUGGUACUCAGUGCUGUUGUGUCUGCAAACAUUUCUAUUUACAGUUCAACUCCCAAACAAGCAACCUCCUGUGUUACUUCCUUUAUCUGUAUAUUUUUAACCCACAUUUGUAAACAUUAUAUAAUCCUUUUGAAAGACAAGAUGCCUAUCAAAAUAAAAUAUAUUUAAAAUUAAAUAACUAAAUAUUAGAAAUAUUUAGACAUUAGUAACUCAAAACAGUAUUUAUUUACAGGCCAGGUUAGUGAGGAAACAGCACAAAGUGAAAGUCUGAAUGCAGCCUGCAUGCGCUAACCUGUGCUGCACAACUAAAGACAUGCAAUCAGCCAUUUUAUGCACAAUAUUCAUUUGGAUUUAUACAACUGUAUCACUUUACUGCUUGUCUAUGUGUUUAAGAGUUUUUAAAACUGGAGCCUUCUGACUGUUUAAUGGAUUUUUGUUUUUUUGGUCAGUCUUGUCUCUUGUUGAUAUGUCGUACAUGUGGUUGUUUGAUCAGCGUAUGAAUGUAUUUUAAGAUUGCACAGUAAGCAUACUGGUAAAAUCUAAAUAUUUUGCUUAAUUUAUUUAAUAUUUCACCUUAACAGUAAAGACAGUGAAAAUACAUUGUAACAUAUUAAAUAUUUAUUGUGAGUUAUUUUAAAUUCUGCUGCUUGUCUUUUAAAUGCCCAGAGCUCAGUGUCUCCCAACAGUGUUGUUGCCUUCCCAUCGGUCUCAUUAUGCCAUUUAAGUGUAGUGUUAUUGUUAUCCUGUGCUGUGUAUGAUUAUGUAGCAAGCUCGUAUUGAGACCAAAGCUGCACAGAAAUCUGGGGAAAUCUAGACCAAAUGUUAAUCAUUUGUAUGUGCACUGUUAUGCAACCAAGUUGUGUCAAGACUUACUAAAAAUGACUGUGUACAAAAAAAUGCUUCUUGUCUAAAAACACAAAUGGGUUAUUAUUCACUGAACUGAAAGAGUUUUAAUCUUAAUCACAAAUUAGAAAAAGAGCAAGAGUAUGAAAGGUUUUACUUCACAGAGACCAGUGAGUGAACAAAAUGAGAUGAGAUAGUAUUCUUCCUCUUCACAUCAGGGAAGACAGAGACCAACAUGAAUUCAAGUAAUUUUUCAAACUGCCAUUAACUGAUUCAACAUCUGGCAAAAAGCAGUGAUUUAUUCAAAUUUGUGACUGUGUGAUUCAUUUUGCAGUAGUCAAAUGUCAUAACUAAAUGAUAUGUGGACAGUUUCACGACAUUAAUCUGUCCUAAAUGGUUACUAAAUGCCUCAGUUUGAUCACACAUUUAUUUUCACAUACUUUUUUUUAAACAAUUGCCACACAAAAUAAUUUACAAAAGGACAAUAAAUUGAAAGUAAACUGAACUUGUCAAUGUGUUCAGAGAUGUAAUAAUGAUCUUUUAGAUUUCUGCAUGCUGAUUUGAAGGAGAUCUAAAUUGUUGUUGUUUGCAUUUACAUUAGUUACUUAUAAGUUUCAGUUUCCGAGCCAUGACUCUUGCUGGUGACCUAAUGCUAUUGUCCUACCAUGGUAACCAAGUACCUGCCCUUAGGUAUUUGCAAGGCUGACGUGGAGUACAUUGCAUGAUUCACCUCACUGUGCAGCAGCGAUGUCCCAACUGGGAGUAAAUAACAAGCACAUCCAGUUAGGUACAGAAAGCCAUCAGUGUAUAGUGGUUUAUUACUUCAUAAAACUAUGGGUCAGUAAGAAGGUUCUCCCUGUGCCUUCGUGAGUUCUCUCCACAUGCCAAAGACAUACAUCUUAGGUUGGUUGACUACUCUAAAUUGCCUGUAGGAGUGAGUGUGUGUAUGGUAUUCCAGCUGAGGUGAAACCUGUGGUGCCCAGAGCAAUAGGAGCCUGGGCAACUGCAGCUACUGCACAUGGAUAACAACACAGCUAAGGUGGAUCAUGUGUGACAAACUAAUAGAACCUGUCUAGUUGUCUAUUGGCUUUUCCAAAUUAAAGGUGUUUACACUGAUUUGAAAAAGUAAACAUGCUGUUCAGUUCUCUCAUUGCCUAUUGCUGAAACACAAGAUAAGAGCAAACAAUAUAAUGUGACUACCAUUAGCAUGCUAAAUUAAAGUAUAUUGCACAUCUUGCGCCAAUAAAUAAAGUGCAAUAAUCAAUGUUUUUGCUUGGAAAUUUGUACUUGUGUUAUGACACACAUGGCGGUUAACCCCUCUUAUUAUCAGUUAUUCAUAUAAAUAGAUUUUAAAAAUGACACUGAUGCAGUAAACACUUUUCAAAUACAUUUUAUUAUGGAUUCCGGCUUCACUUGAAAGUCGGACUAUUCAGAUAUAAAUGUGUAACGCCAGAUAAUUAUAUCAGUUGCCCUCAGACUUCAGCUAAAUGCGCAGUGAGUUGUUGCUUCACUGAUACAAGAUGGCAACAUUUAGCAAGUAGUGCAAAGCGUAAAUACAACUGUCUUAAGCCAAUAUAUGAUCAUUUCAUGAUAUUCAGCUUCUCCUCAGAUUAUUAA